AUUGCAUUUACUUGCAAUUAAAUGAUGUUCUUCCACACCCCGUCAGUGGCAGUUUAUUUUUGGGCAUAGCGUGGUGCUCUAAUAACUGAGUCAUUGGCUGAUGAUGAUUUUAUAGCUUCCAAUGCUUAUGCCGCAUAGUAGCCUAAGUGUGGGAAAAGUAAACAAUAGCCAUUGGGGAAUCCAGUGACUACAGCAGUGCGCGCAGACUGGCAUUACAUGCACGCGAUCAACGCUGUUCGUGCACACGCGGAAUGUAAAGAGCAGUCAGAGAAAGGGGAUUGCAGAGGACAUUUGCCCAUUUAUCAAAAUGCAAAACUAGGGAUAAGUUUUUUUUUUUUAAAGAACAUUUCGGACUCCUACAGAUUAUUCUCAAAUGUGCUGAAAGACGACAAGAAGUUGGAUUUUCGUUUUAAGGAGUGAAUUUCUCAGUUUGGACACAGCACCAUGCGCAGGUUGCCUUGCCUUGCCUCCGAGCCAAGAGGAGAAAUACCACUGUGCUACUGACAGGAUUUUUACGCGCAGCUGAACAAGGAUGCCAGAGCUCGCAAACUGCAAUGUGUGCACCAAUAAGAUACUCAUGGUGGUCUUCAUGAUAUCACUGAUACUUGCCAUCCUCUUCGGAAACCUCUUGACAUUAGCAGUGAUCGUUGGAACUAAACACUUCCACACCCCACAGGGUUACUUAAAAGCCUCACUGGCCGUGGCAGACCUGGCAGUGGGAAUUUUUGUGGUACCCGUUUCGGUUUACGCUGAAAUGUCCCUCAUGAUCUACAAUUCAAUGCCGGAGUGGACAGCGCGCAAUUCCCAAACCACCCCUUUCCACCCGUGCAGUUUCAUCGGACCUGUGUUUGCGGGAUGCACUUUAGUCUCUAUUACAACCAUUUUUCUCCUAACCAUUGAAAGGAGCAUCGCCGUCUUAAAGCCACUGCACAAGGAAUCUGUCAUAACUAGAAAAAGAACAAGCAUACUAAUAGUUUUUUCCUGGAUGGGGAGCUUUUUCCUGGCAAUAUCUCCAAUGGUUUUCAGCAAUGCAAUCGCGCUGGAAUACAAUCCUUGCAGCCGCAUGUGCAAUUACGCGCUGGGAAGCGCAGAAUUCCCAUCCCAGGCUUGGAAGAUUCUCUUACUCUUCCCUGCUUUUGACUUUACGCUGCUCGGAGGUACUGUUGUCAUCAAUAUCAUAUCGCUCACCACAAUCCGCCAGCAUUCAAAAAGAAGGAAACAUCUCGCUGAGACAGACAGUCAAAGCGCAACCAAACCAACCUUCUCCGACAUCAAGGCUGCCAAGACUAUAGGCACUCUGACGUUAGCUUUCACUGCUUCUUUCACUCCCAUCGCUGUGUUUGUAGUUGGAAAUGUGUUGGGAAAUGAAUGGUGCACUUUUUCCUUUUUUGCCUUUUGGAUUUUGACCACGAACAGUUGCUGGAAUGUUAUUAUAUAUGGUGUGAGAGACCAGAAGUUUAGAAGUCGUGCGUAUCAGCUACUCAUAUCCGCUCAUUUGAACACUGCGCCCAAAACAACUGUGAAUGAAAACACUGGAAAUGGGGGGAAACUCAGUGAGGAAAUAGUCAAACAAACCUAAUUACUAUAUCUUACUGAUCAUACGGACCAAUUUGCAUGGAGCUACUGUAUUUAUAACAGGCCCCUUAAGCUAGUAUCUGGCCAUUACAUGAGCAAUUUGCUGGCGACCUGGCGUAGCUUGUUCCAUAUACUAGCUUAUAAAAAUAGCUGAUUUGUUGCUGGUCCAAGAUCCACUUUAGACCAGCUAGUAACAGCUGCCACCAAACCUGCCAGCUUUUUCAAUCUCCAUGGAUCAACUUGAGGUUAAGUGUCUUUCUUAAAGAGACAUGUGGAUAUGAAUCAUUCCUUGUAAUCAAAAACGUUCUUAUUAUCAGCCUAAAUCUCCAACCAUUAGGCCACUGGUGCCUAUAAUGCCCUCAUAACCACCCGUUGAGUGGCAUCUGCUGCUAUCCUCGUAUAUCACCUCUUUUUUGAGAGAUUUAUUCUAAAUGUUGCAUGACUGUCAUCGUCACAAUAAUUCACCAUGCAUUUGAAUUUAAUCAUGAAAGUCCCAAAUAUCUUGUAACAUAGAUGCUUUCGAGGACAUUGAUUUGCUUUUGUUUAUUUUUCAUUGAUACUGAUAAGAUGUUCAGUCAAGAUAUUGUGUGGUUUUAAUAAAAUGUGCAUGUAAAAUACUGUCAACAAGAACUGAUGCUUAUACACCUGAAAAAAUAUUGUUGGUUUAACUUAAAAAAGUAAGUAACCUGGUUGCCUUAAAAUUGUAAAAUUUUAAGUUGAUUG